GCUAGUGGCUUGCUACUUGCUAGUAAGGUAGUUAAGUAAGCAAACUGAUAGUUUGCUGUAGUGCUCCGAGUGCGUGAGUGUGAGUAAAUCAAUGUCGUCGUGAUUCGUGAUUCGUGACCGUGCCUACAUAGUAUAAAUACCGUGGCACUUUGGUUAUCGACGUCGUCCUCGUAAAUUUGUUGUUCAGUUUGUGCCUCGUUUCUUCACGUAGCUUCUUUUGUCGUUACUUUUUACCUAUGGAAGUAUACUUAACGUAUACGUGAACGCCAGUGCCGUGCAAUAGCCUGGAUCCAAGGUCCACUUUUUUACUUUCGUUGUUUUGGACAUGCAUACAUAUUUUAUAUGCAUGCCUUACUCACGGCGGCCACGCCACGCAUACCGUGAGCACUGAGGUCAUAAACGAAAUAGGUAAUUUUAAAUUAGUAAUAUAAGCAUUAGGCGCACGAAAUUCAAGCAAAAGCAGUAGUUUGUAAUCUUUCACGCGGCAGUACAACAGUACAUCGACUGCAGGUAUAUUAGUAAAAUAUACCAACGAAAAAAAAAAACCGUCGGCUUUCGCAGUGCCACCAAGAAAUCUGAAGCCGAGGAUACACGAUUGAAAAUCGGAGCGGCACUUCCUAAACCCUGCAGGUGGUGUACGUGUAAACCCGGAGCAAAUACGAAUAAGUGCGGACUAUAGCUGGCGUGAUGACACAUCCCUGCUGCAGGAAUAGUUGAUGUCGGGUAGGAUCUCAUCGUCGUCAUCGUCGGCUUGAGGACGAAGGUUUUCGGUGCGAGCGAGCGGCCGCGCGCCUCGGCAGCAACGCGUAUAUAUAUGCGACGGAGGGCGGAACGACGACGAGAAGCAUCAGAGGAAGAGGAGGAAGAAAACGAAGGAGAAGAGACGGAGGAGGAUCAUAAUAGUACUGGUAGUAUCGUAUAGCCAGCCCGCGGCUGUGCGAGCCGAGAGGUGAAGGAGAGAUUUUUAAAUAUAAAACACGCGGUGUUGGUGCAGCAGCAGCAAGGAGAGAAAAAAAAAGUGCUCAUAGUGUGCAUGUGCGCGCGUGUGUUAAGUGUGUGUACGUGUUAUAUAUGUACAAAAAAACACGAGCAGUCAGUUUUGGAACAAGCUGUCUGCUACGGCUGUCGUGUAUACUGUACAUAUAUAUAGAAUAGAUUGAGUAGUGUGCUAUAGGUUAAAGUAAAUAAAUAAAUAGUAUAUACAUAAAACGCGUUUCAAAGUGUGCAAUAAUGUUCCGCUGCAUACCGAUAUUCAAAGGCUGCAACAGGCAGGUGGAGUACGUGGACAAGCGUCACUGCUCGCUGCCUAACGUGCCGGACGACAUCCUCAGGUACUCGCGUAGCCUCGAGGAACUCCUACUCGACGCCAAUCACAUCCGUGACCUGCCCAAGAACUUUUUUCGCCUCCAAAGGCUGCGAAAACUCGGAUUGAGCGACAAUGAAAUCCACCGACUGCCGCCCGACAUCCAAAACUUUGAGAACCUCGUCGAGCUCGACGUAUCUCGCAACGACAUACCAGAGAUACCGGAGAACAUCAAAAACCUACGCUCGCUGCAGAUCGCCGAUUUCAGCAGUAAUCCCAUACCAAGGCUUCCUUCCGGCUUCGUCGAGCUGAGGAACUUGACAGUCCUUGGCCUCAACGACAUGUCCCUCUCGCAGCUACCGCCAAAUUUCGGAGGUCUCGAAGCACUACAGUCGCUGGAGCUCCGGGAAAACUUGCUCAAGUCAUUACCCGAGAGCCUCUCGCAGCUCAAAAAGUUGGAAAGGCUAGACCUUGGCGACAACGACAUCGAGGAAUUGCCGUCGCACAUAGGGAAGCUUCCGGCGUUGCAGGAGCUCUGGUUGGAUCACAACCAGUUGCAGCACCUGCCCCCGGAAAUCGGGCAGCUGAAGACCCUCGUGUGCCUGGACGUGUCGGAGAACCGGCUGGAGAGCCUGCCCGAGGAGAUUGGCGGCCUCGAGUCCCUGACCGACCUCCACCUGUCCCAAAACGUCAUCGAGAAGCUACCCGACGGCCUGGGCGAGCUCACGAACCUCACCAUACUCAAGAUCGACCAGAACCGCUUGUCCUCGCUCAACGCCAACGUCGGCAACUGCGUCAGUCUCCAGGAGCUCAUACUCACCGAGAACUUUUUGCUCGAGCUCCCCGUCACGAUAGGCAACCUCGUCAACCUCAACAAUCUCAACGUCGACCGGAACAGCCUCCAGUCUCUGCCCACGGAAAUCGGCAACCUGAAAAGGCUCGGUGUGCUGUCGCUGCGGGACAACAAGCUGCGCUACCUGCCGGGCGAGGUCGGCCAGUGCACGGAUCUACACGUGCUCGACGUGUCGGGCAACCGGCUGCAAUACCUGCCGUACUCCCUGGUCAACCUGAACCUCAAGGCAGUCUGGCUGAGCGAGAACCAGGCCCAACCGAUGCUCACCUUCCAGACGGAGGUGGACGAGGAGACCGGCCAGGAGGUCCUCACUUGUUUCCUCCUGCCCCAGCUCGAGUACCACAAUGACGAGAGCUCGAGGCUGGGCAUGAUGAUGGGCAUGCGGAACCACAACAACAACGGGGCGACGUCGUCGGGCGCAGCGAGUCCGGGUAACGGCGGGGAGAUGCGGGAACUCGGGGCCAACGAGAGCAGCGACGAGGAGGGCUGGUCGGAGAGGGAGCAGUCGAGGACCCACAGCGUCAAGUUCUCGGACGAGCCGCCCGAGGCCGACAAGGAGGUGAGCUCGCCCUUCCUCCUACUACCGGGGAGGAUGCUGCCCGAGGAGGACGUGUCGCAGACCUUUGGCUUGGAUAAGUUGGAGUCGAGUGACGCGACACAGGUGGCCGACAGUGGUGAGACCGAAGCCAUGCAGAAUCAGGCCCCGGAAGCCCAGAACGGUAGUGGCGUACCUGACGCUGCUGCUGCUGCUACUGCCGCAGCCUCGAUCGCCACGAAGCCGGAGGCCAUCGGUAAGAUGAAGGGGGUUCGUAGAGGGUACAUUGCUCGGAUUAGAUCUAUACGUAGUAGCGAUGAUGAUGAUGAUAAUAAUGGCGAUGGUGAUGAUGAGGAGGAAGAGGAUGAGGACGAGGAGGAUGAUGUGGAUGAUGAUGAUGAUGAUGAGGAUUAUGAGGACGAGGAGGGGGAGCGACACGUCGAUUUCGCACUGGACGCGGAUGUCGCCGAGGCGCACGGCGAGUCCGGCAAGACGAACCGGCUUCAUCGACGCGAUACGCCACACCACCUGAAAAACAAACGUGUACACACCAACCUCGACAAGGAUAAGGUUGCCUCCAUCAUCGCCCAGGCGUUGAUGAAAAAGAACGAAGAAGGAACGCCAGCUUCGGUGGCUCCCACACCGACACCAGGAACGGCACCAGGUUCGACCACCUACUCGACUUACUCCGACACUGAAAUCGUCGAUGGCCACAGUAAGUGUACGCUGACGGAUACGGAGCCGUACGAGGAGCAGUACGAGAUCACGAUCGAGCGGACAACCGGGGGAUUGGGUUUGUCGAUAGCCGGGGGUAUCGGCUCGACGCCUUUCAAGGGCGACGACGAUGGUAUUUUCAUCUCGAAGGUGACGGAAGGUGGACCUUCACAACUAGCGGGUUUGAGGAUGGGUGACAAGGUGAUCUCCGUGAACGGGAUAUCGGUCGAGCAUGUCGAUCACUACGACGCCGUUGAGAUUCUGAAGGCGUGCGGCCGAGUGCUCGUUUUGGUCAUUCAGAGGGAAACGGAAAAAAAAGUUAAGACGCCGUCGGAACAGAUGUCACUCAGAAAAGACUCGAUGAGCUCGAGUAUGAGUAUUAGUCGAGCACCCAGCGCGGCAUCUUACGUAUCCUCGACGCUUUCCCAUAAUCUCGAGAACGGCGAAACCGAUGAAACGACCAAGAAAAAAAUACCGGAACCACUAACGGGUGUCAAAUUAAGUGCGGACGACCCUCUGGUACCCGUUUUACUUCACACGACUCUCAUAAGAGAUCAAAAUGGAUUAGGCUUCAGUAUCGCUGGAGGCAAGGGUUCACCAAUGUUCAAGCCCAACAGCGAUGCUAUUUACAUAUCCAGGAUCACCGAAGGAGGUGCUGCUCAUAGGGAUGGCAAGCUGUGCGUCGGUGACAAAGUCGUCUCUAUCAAUGGCGUGGAAGUGUUGGAUGCGCGACACGACCAGGCCGUGACUCUGCUGACAGGACACGACAGGUUCGUCAGAUUGUUGUUUGAGCGCGAGGUUCCCCUGUCGCAGUCGAAUCCUGCGAACCUCGUGACUUCUGAAAAAUCUCCCUUCGUCAUCGGCACGCCCAAGCCCUACACCGGUCUCUACAGCGCAAACAGCUACAUGGUCAAUCGCCCUGGUUACGCCGGCUACCGGCGUUCCAUCGACGCCGACAAAAUACUCUCCGCCAGUCCCACCUCCAAAAGCCCAGCAUCCCAGAAAAUCGAGCCCCCCGUGGCCCCGUCGCCGGUCAACGGUGUCGCCAAGAUGAAUGGCAUCGACGAGGCCAAAAAGUCUACGAGCCCGGUACCAUCGACCGUCCAUCCUCAGCCCGCGCCCAGACAGAGUAUCAGUCAACAGCAGCACCACACGCUACAAAGACCGACGUCGCAGCCACCUCCGACUCCACCGACGCCGAUUUCGACGCCCACGACCACCCCCACGCCCACGCCCGUCGUCGAAGACAAGUCGAGGGGUUCCGCAACACCGGACGCGCAGCAGCAUCAUCAAGAGGACAUUCAGGUACCGAAGCCAAUCACCAACGAGGAAUUUCAGGCCAUGAUCCCCGCUCACUUCCUCCGACCCCCGUCAAAUUCCUCGCCCUCGCCAGACUCCUCCCAAAAGGGGCCCACCGUCGUCGUGACGAUCAAGCAGCCGGACGGCCUGCCCGGGGAUCUUAAUUUUCCACCGGCGCCCGAGACUAUUGGUAAAGUUACGGAAACCAUCACAAAGAGCACGCUCACGGAGACAGUCGUGACGCGCGUCACCGAGAACCAGCUUAAGAGGCCGUUGAUUAUCGAGGAUGUUAUUCUGAUAAAGGAAGGCUCCCUCGGCUUUAGCAUUAUUGGUGGCACAGAUCAUUCUUGCACGCCAUUUGGAGCCAAGGAACCAGGAAUCUUUAUAUCUCAUGUGGUACCUGGUGGAAUAGCUGCCAAGUCUGGCAAACUGCGAAUGGGUGAUAGAAUAUUAAAGGUCAAUGGAACAGAUAUAACCAAAGCAACACACCAAGAGGCUGUGAUGGAAUUACUUCGACCAGGAGAUAAAAUAGUUUUAACUGUUCAGCACGAUCCAUUGCCAGAAAACUAUCAGCUGGUCGAUAUAGAGUACAUCCCUGUGACAGAACUCAAAAUAAUCAAGGAGCCUGGAGAAAAAUUGGGUAUGCAUAUCAAGGGUGGUUUGAAGGGUCAAAGAGGUAAUCCUCUCGAUGCCACUGACGAGGGUGUCUUUAUUUCGAAAAUUAAUUCCGGCGGCGCAGCUAAACGCGACGCUAGAUUAAAGGUCGGAAUGCGGUUAUUGGAAGUAAAUGGCACAUCACUGUUGGGUGCUACUCACCAGGAGGCCGUGAAUAUUUUGAGGAGCUGCGGUAACACAAUCGUACUCGUCGUGUGUAAAGGCUACGAUAAGAGCGAGAUCGAGCAAGCUCUGUCCAUUUCGGGUCGGGAGUCUAAAGAAUCGAGGGAAUCGAAGACAUCAUCAAAGGAGUCAAAGGACGCAGCACCGGUCGACGAUUCAAAGUCUCUGUCGCAAAGUGUAUCUAGUCUCGAUCGAGACGACGAAGAAGCAGCAACUUUGCGACAGGAGCAAGAGAUGAAAGCGGAACUGGUUGCUUGGGAGCAGGAGGAACGAGAGCGAGCGCUACUCGAGCACAGAGAGAAAACAACUCCUGAAAAGGUCCUGGACGUUGUGAGGGCAGCAGAAUCAUUAGUCAAUAAACCAAACAGUCCAAUCGAUUCCAUCACACCCAUACCUCCGAAAUCUCCAGGUGGAUCGAAAGAUUUGAAAACGACGACCAUCGUUAUGAGUAAACACACCCUAGCCCCACAGACUCCUCCGCGCAACAGCGACAACCAAAAGCCGAGCCUCACGCCCGGGAGGGACGAGGGCACCUCCGUGGACGUACCCUCGCCGUCCCCUACGAGCAAGAGCAGCGUCUUCGUGUUCCCGGACAAGCCCAGGAGGACCGCCCUGGCGACGAGAGACGUCAUCGGCCAGAAACAACAGCAGUCGUCGACGCAAACGCUACCCUCCCCGAAGAAGAAGCGCGGCAUAAGCUUCGCCAGCCUGCCUUCGCCCUACCACAACAGGUCCGCGAGCAGCGUCGACGUCGCGACGACCGGUAACAGCUCGCCGAGAGUUUCCGCGGGAGGUUUCCUCCUAUCUCGGGAGCCUACGGGUUACCGGGUCAGUCCGGCGUACGUCGACACCGCGAGCGCCCUGAUGUCCUCACCCCCGUCCUCGGCUACCUCGUCCACUAGGUCCCGGUUCAAGUUACCCCCCACGCCCCUCACCGGUCCCGACAUGACGAUCGUUGGCGAGGUCCGGGGCGCCGGCGAGGGCUGCCCGGACAACGACGCCUACGGCCCUCCCACCACUGAUCUCCGCCCUCCCCGCAACCGGCAGAUCGCACGCUCUGCCGAUUUUACGACUUUCACAGAGGUUGAGCCCGCGUCCACUCCGUCCCCUACGCCGGCCCCGGCCAAACUGUCGGUAAGUGACAGGAAACGGUUGUUCGAGAACGCCAUGGAGGAACAUCUGAAACCAUCCCCCAAACCAGAAAAAGUAUUUAGCUUCUUGAGCCAAGACGAAGUUGAAAAGUUAAAGCAGGAGGAGGAAAAGAAAAUAGCGACGCUUACGAGGGACGAGCUCAAAUCGUGGGCGCAAAUCGACGAGAACGAAGGGUUGGAGGACGAUGACCACGUUGAAGAACAAGACAGUAGGAGACCAAAUAGCCGAUUGAGUUCACGAACGGCAAUACCGAUCCUCCAAAACGUACCCAGCAUAGUGAGAACCGCAAAAGCAGAGAGACGAUUGAAAGAAAAAAUGAUCCAAGAGGGCUUGCUACUUUCCGACGAGGACGAUGAAAACAACUUGUCUCCGGCGGAACAGAGAGCCCUGAAAGCGGAAAAGAGAGCAGCAUGGAGGCAAGCUCGUCUCAAAUCUCUCGAACAAGACGCUUUGCAAGCGCAGCUAGUUAUUAAAAAAAUGAGCGAAAUGAUGCCAGCGAAAUUAGAUAUUACAAGGGAUAGCGUGGACAAUCAAGAUCCACCCCCGCAAGCCCCGCCGAAAGUGGAGAAAGUUCCAGAGUUUUCGACGUUCAGGCCGACUAGCGCGGAUUUACCCAAGCUAGCCGUGCGUAGCAAGCUGGGUCCCCCAAAAGCAGUGCGCGAGUCCGAGAAAAUCGUCGACGAAAAGGUGACUAGGCGCACCGAGGAGUACAUCGACGAGGUGACGGGUGAGCGCCGAUUUAGAACCGUCGAGUACGUCGAGAAGCUGAUCGAACGCGAGGUGGAGACUCUUCGCGAGAAGAUCAUAUCUCUGGAACUGAGCAAUCCCGAGAACGAGCAGCAGCAGCAUUUUGAAGAGGUAACGGGUGCUACCGGCGAAGGCAGCGAAUCCGAGAGCGAGGAACAAACGAGCUCGGCUGUCGAAACUCCCACGACUGAGAACAUAGAGAACUCCUUCGAAGCAGCUAUCAAAGAGACCACGGGGACGAUCUAUUCAAUGUCGAAGAAUGGCGACGAGGAAGAGGAGGAAACGACUGGAGCGAACAACGAUAUGUCCACAGCUACGAGCAACGGUGGCAAGAAGAAGAAACGUAAGCGCUCGAAGAAGGGUCGACAUUGAUCCAAAGAGCUCACGAGUAACGAUAUAAGGAAAGCCACAUCCGUCUCCUCGAAGAGUAUUCUUCUUUUUUUUUUUUUUUUUUUUAAUGUCACUCUGUCCACGUUAUUAAUCUUUAAGUAAUAGCCUUUUGCGACAGAGCUUAUAAAUACAUACGUCCGACAAAAAAAUAUAUAUAAAUAUGAAAUUAAAUUAUACUUAUGGUAGAAGUGCGUGAGAGUGAGAAUUAGAGCGACGUGUGUCUUAGCAUAAUUCAAUAAUGGGAAAGCAUCCCUUUUUUUUUAAACAAAAUAAUAUGAUGUAAUUAUUAUAUCCACUUUGCGCGAACUUGAAGGGCUGUGUGCAUGCGUUUCUUUACGUCCCUCAACUGGUUUUUUUUUUUUUUUUUUUUUUUUUUUUUCAAAUGCACAUCAUCUACUCUGCCAUUUAAGUAUUUGCAAUCUUAGUGAGUGUAUGUUAAUCCUUGAAAAAGGAAAAAAAGCAUGUGUAGUAUCAAUAUUAUCAGCCGUAAAAUCACGAACGAAAGUAUUUUCUACUCGAACUUUUAAAUGCAACGUCUCUUAUACAUGUGAUAAGUGUGAAUCGGAUGUGAACAUUCCUUUCUGCCCUCGCUAUCGCGCCGCCCUCUCCCCACCUUUGCCCGUUAAUGACAUAUUUGUACAAUGUAUGUGUUCACGUGGGACUUGUAUCUUAUUUUAUAUAUGUAUGUGACACGUAAGAAAAUGCACUCACACUUGUGAAAAAGAGUUCUCUUUUCAUUAUGAAUAUAUAUUAUACAACAAUCUCGUUCAUUGACGACGAUCGAUGAAAACAAUUAGAUUAUUACACUAUAAAUAGAAAGCGAGAUAGUAGACGUAUUAUGUAAAAUAUAAAGUUAUUUCGCUAAUUAUGGGCAUGGGAGAAUUUAAUGUAAAAGAGUUAGCUUUUUUGUAAAGCUUUGCCUCUUCUGCCAGCUUAUUUUACAAAUGUUUAUUUUAUGCUACCCGCGUUGCCUAUAAUGUCUGUAUUUAAAAAUAUAAAAAUAAUGAAAUUAUGGCUAGAGUGCAAGGUUUUUUUUUUUUAUCUAUUGACGUGAGGAAAUUUGGUACUACUUAUUUUUGAAGUCAUUAGAUAGGUAGAUUGAAAAACCUACGACGUUACAUAGUUUUUAUUUUUUUUGAAAAUCAUCAGUAAAUGUUUAAUACUGUUUCUUGUAUUAAACAGCGACUUAACCAUGUUUCUAAUAUUCUAAUGGUUGGCGAAAACAAAUUUUUUUUGUUUAAUCUGCGUUUCUACAAUGCGGGACCAAUAAUUCAAGGGUUCAUUCCGACUUUUAUCGAUUACGACGAAAUUUCUACUAUUAUGCUCUUUUUUUUCAAAAACAGAGUAAAAAGAUAAAUGCCUUUACAUCAACUGACUUAAUAAAUAUCAAUGUACGGUCUGAUCGCAGUGAUAUCUUUGUAUUAAUUUAUACAUAAGGAAUAAAAUUAAAAUUGAUUAAAUUGAUGGUUUUCUGAAAAAUAUUUGUUUUAUCUAAAUUAGGAUAAAUAUUAAAUUAGGUUUAAUUGUUUAUCACGUAAUCUGUCAACCGAAUCUCAAAAAAGGAUACCGACAGAGUUUAUGUUAAAUAAGAUAAACUUUAUUCGUGAAUAAUAAUAAUAAUUAAACCAUAAUGUUAAUGUAAAGCGCAGAUUCUUUUAUUCGCUGUGUUA